UAUUAUUAUUGUUGUUGAUAACUUUGUUGUGGUGUUCUUAUUAGUCUGAACUCCAAAUAUUUGUUGUGUAAGCUUAAAUUGAUUGCUGGUUAAAUCAAUGAGUUGAUAAGUGAUAUUAUUCUAUCUCUGCUUAAGCUUCCUGCGUGUUAUCAAGAAUGUCACUACCUGGAAUUGGAUUUGUGUUCGUCGUUGGUGCUGCAUUGGCCAGCAUAGCUUAUGCUGUAUACUACCAAUCGUCUAGGCGUCCACAGGCUUAUAGCAACAGCAAUAAAACCUAUUAUUAUGCAGGCUAUGAUACUAAUGCACCACCUAAAAGUGAUGAAAACAACUGUGCAAUUUGCCUUAAUGAAUUGAUAUCUGAUGUGAGGCAAUUGCCAUGCAAGCAUAUCUUCCAUAUCAAAUGCAUUGACAGCUGGACUGAGAGGAACAGGAUCUGCCCAAUAUGUCGGAAGUCUCUUUGAAGGUGACACCAAAGAAUAUGUUUACACCAAAUCAAUUUUUAUUUUUUAUUUUACAAUUGUUAGCUUUAUAGUAUAUAAAGUAUCAUACAUUUACAAUUAAUUUGAUGCGUAAUUUUGGCUGGCACAUUUCUAUUUGUGCUGUUGCUUAUAAAUACUUGUUUCAUAUAGUAGCUAAAAGAAAUGUUCAGUUUAUUUUUAUAUUUUAACUACAUCACUGCAAGUGUCUUAGAACUGAUCACCAUUGAAAACGAAAAAUUUGUGAUAUUGGGAAGUCGUCCAUAAAUAAAUUGUAGCUAAUAAUGAUAAUUAUUAAGUGUAAAGUGCACUUGAGAAUGCAUGUUUUGUCUGAAAACUCGUUUUCGUUGAUAUUAUUGUUUUCUUGUUAACAAUAAUUAAUAAAAAUACGUGAUAAAUAAAUAAGCAAUUCGUUA